AGUUUUAUGUAACGUUCGGCCGCCAUAUUUGUUUGACGAGCAUUUAACCGUUAGUGCAGUUAACUGUUAACGGUUACAACGAGUUAAGUUCGAGAGGCUUCUAAAAUCUUGACGGUGAGUUACAUGGUGCAGUAAAGAAUAUACUUCCUGUUCUACUUUUAAAGAAAACUCACCAAAGACUCCAGAAAUGCCUUCAGAACAGUGGUAAGGCAACACCCCUCCAGUGCAGUCACUUCUAAUGACAUCCACCUGUCUGAGGCUCUGCAGUGCUGUGGCAGUCUAAAUUAUGUUUAGAGUGUCAUGGUGAUGAUCUCUGCACACCAAUCUGGACAAACACGGAGGAUGGAGAGAGAGGGAUGUUGAUACGAGUGGCUAAGGCUUCUUCUGAAGGCUUUCUUUUAAAGCAGGUCCCUUGUCGGUCCCUCUCUUCUGUAUUACUUUCCAAAAGGCAUCUCUAAUGCUGCCAGAGAGCGCGCUGUGAGGCAACAGGAAAGCGAGGUGAGUGGAUUGCUAUCUUUGAGACAGCUUUUCCACUUGGCAAGCUGCGUGUGAGCCGGGGAACUGGACUGGACUGUGGUGUUUCGUGGAGGAGGUGGGAGAGGAGGUGGAGGAGCAGGGGCGAUAACUGAGGGGCAAGCUGGACAGAUGGAGGAUGGCAUCCAACACCUGGGACACUGCAUGGUUGACAUGAAGGAGCUGAGUGCCAACCCUGAAGGACUGACCGCUGCCGGUGUUAUUCUGACACCCAGGCUGCCUCAGGUGGAGUUCAGCCUUGCCUGUAAUGAUCUGGUGGCAUUAGGCAGAGACAGGAAGCCCAGCGCUUUGGUCCAGGUGGCUGUCAUAGAUCCCCACAAGCAGCACCUCAUCUCUCACACCUGCACAGAGAUCGUGGAGGCCAACAAAGACCCGCUGUUUCUGACGGGGGUGACCUUCCCUUCAGAGUAUCCUGCUAGCCCGGAGACGCUAGUCAAGCUAACUGUGUAUGAUGCAAAGGACAAGAGCCAGGAGUCAAGCACCUUCCUGGGUAGCGCCACAUUUUCAGUGGGCGAUCUGCUGAGGGCUAAAGAUGAACGACUGACCUUGAGUCUGAGGUCAUCUGAUGGUGUGUGUGCAGCAGGAACAGUGGUGGUGAGUCGUCUGAAGAUGGGGGAGAUGGAGGAGGUUGGCGUAGACCACAUUACCACCGACAUACCAUCACAGAAGUGUCCCUUGGUUUGUGAGUCUGCGUCCCAUGCCUGUGUCGACAGAGAAAAUAACCUACUGACGGGGCCGGUGUUCAAGAACCCAGUAUGCAAGGUGUACAGAUUUCAAACAGUGGACGGCAAGUGGAUGAUUGUGCGGGAACAAAUGGAAGAGUGCACAUUGUCCUUUAGCAUCCCCAAACAGCUGCUCUCACUGUACAUUCAGGAGGACACGCGUAGGCUGCAAGAUCUGAGGGAGCUGGGGGAGCUUUCUCCUCAUUGGGACAACUUAAGGAAGGAGGUGAUGACACGAUAUGGAGGAAUCAUCAGCUUCUACCAGGAGACAUUGGCUGAACUGGACAAGGUUACUGGUCGUUCAUUCAAGCCAAGCUGCUGCAAAGCCCAGAAAUCUCUGGAGUUUAUCCCAAUAAACUUGCACACCCAGAGGAUGAGGGUGACAUGCCCCAGAAAAACAGAUGCAUUUUAUGACAUCAUCACUGUUGGUGCCCCUGCAGCCCACUUUCAGGGCUUCAAGUGUGGUGGUCUGCAGCGUCUCCUUAGCAGAUAUGAAGCAGAGAAAAAAAGCUUCAGCACUGCCUACCAGUGUAUCUACUACUCCCCAGAGCACACAGCCAAAGCUCAGGAGGUACUCAGCACCAUGAGCCUCCUCCAGCCUCUCAUCACAAGCUUAGCGGACCAACUCCUCCAGGCUGCCCAGGAGCAAUCUUCAACUGGACUGACGGAUACACUCAAGAACCUUUCUGACAAGACAGAACAGUUUGUUCAUACACUUAAGGAUGAAUUGGUCAAGAGUGCACUACUGGCUCUGCACGCAGCACGGCCUGGGUAUAUUACCAAGAACCAGAAGCAAACCCCGGUACAGGGUGGCCAAGAUGAAGGCCACAUCCACCAGGGUAGUGACAAGAAUCAGACCCUGGUGCAGGGACUUUCAGGCCACAGUCCAGCCACGUCAGUCACUGAGAGCAUAGUGGUGUGUAAUAAUGUGGAAGCAACACAAACCACAACCAGAGGAGAAAGUGUGCCUUUGAAGCACCAAGACUCCAUACCGCACCAUAAAGAGUAUGACGAGGAGGAAUGGGACAGGGUCUGGGCCAGCGUGGCCAAGUGUCUCAACUGUGUAAUCGCCAUGGUGGAUAAACUCCAGGAAGAAGACAGCAGAAAACAGGAGCCAGUCCCUGAGCAGCACCUCGCUGAUGUCAUCACUUCACACAACCCUGGUGACUGGAGGGAGCAGUUGUGUCCCCUGGUGACCAGGUUAAAAGAGUGUGUGAUGGAAGUGGUGGAGAAGGCUACGAAAGCCAUGACAUUUGUGCUCCUGCAGGAGGCAGCCUGCAGCAUCCCACAGGGUUUUCUCCUCCAACAGAGGCGAGAUGUGGUCUUCAGCCAGGCACUGGCAGCCUUAGCCUGUGGGUUUGUCAUGAGGCUCUACACAGGAAUGAAAGACAAAAGCUUCCUGAGGCAGCUCCACCUGGUUGGCCUGGUGGCCCAGUUUGAGAGCCUGCUCAGCACCUACAGUGAAGAGAUUGGGAUGCUGGAGGACAUGGAGGUUGGAAUCUCAGACCUGCAGAGAGUUGUGUUCAAGAUCACAGAGGCCAAGACAGAUGACCUCGGUGACCUCCAGCCUUUAGUGUGUGGCCAGCGAGACCACUUCACUGUAGAAGUGCCAUUACCACAACUGGUUUUCCAGACAUUGCCAGAGGAGAUCAAGGAGGGCAAGCCUCUACGAGUAUUCCCUGUGCUGUUUAAUGUGGGAAUCAAUGAACAGCAAACUAUAGCAGAGAGAUUUGGUGAUAUCUCCUUACAAGAAAGAAUAAAUCAGAAGAACUUUGAGAUGCUAGAAGCCUAUUACAAAUCAUUAAGUGAAAAGGUGCCACUAGAAUGUCUACCAUGUUUCCAGACACAGGGUGACAUAAAGGAAUUACUUGAGUCCCUGGGCCAGAACGUAGUCACAAAGAAGAGAAAGAAUGUGGAGAUACUAUGGAUUGCUGGAACGAUCUGUCGAAGGUUAAAUGGCAUCAGGUUCACCAGCUGUAAAAGUGCCAAAGACCGGACAUCCAUGUCUGUCACAUUAGAGCAGUGUGCCCUCCUGCGUGACGAACACCAGCUCAGCAAAGAUUUCUUCAUCCGUGCUCUGGACUGUAUGCGGAGAGAAGGAUGUCGGAUUGAGAAUGUUCAAAAGAAUAUUCGAUGCAGGAAGUAUGCCUUCAACAUGUUGCAGCUGCUGGCUUUUCCCAAGUACUACCGGCCACCAGAGGGGACUUAUGGCAAAGUUGACUCUUGAGGACAAAGUAUUCCUGUAAAUCUAAUCAUUUUCCUCUCUGAUUCACAGUUCUUAAACAACAACACAUGCUGGCUGUUUUACUUUGUGAUGUUUUGUUUGUUUUUUGUAUGAUCCCAGGGGCGAUGUGAUUAAUUUAGGCAGUUGAGCUUGUAGUUCACAUAGUUCACUUUGUGGCAUAGCACCGCUCCCCAUAGUGAACUGGAAAUAGUUUCAUAUUUGGAUGUCUUGAGCUUUACACAAUAACAGUGUAAGACUGAAAACAUGUCUGUCUCUACAGGAGCUUAAGCAUUUCUCCAAUUCCUAUGCAGUGGAUUUGUUCAUGUUUAUGGUUUGGCAUAUGCGGGUCCUAAGUAUCUCUGAUUUGUAUUUGACUGUUGAAAGCAUAUUUUUAUUCAUUUGGACCCAACUGUCCUCGAAGAUAUAAGUAAGUGUACAAGUAUUUCAGAGCAGGUUUUGAUAACACAUUUUCCUAAUAGUUGCACUUUUUCUAUAAUAUUUUUUAUCUCAAAGUACAGCCCAGUGAAACCACAUGAAGUGCAGCUGGAAAACAGAGUAGGAUGAGGAUAAUGGACAAUACAAUCCCAUUAUUUAUUUUUUUUUUA